GCACGCUCUCACGUCCUGUUACCGCAGUACAAGCGCUCAAGGCUGACCGCGAGUCGUUCACGACACUCCUUGAGGUCGACACCUCCACGCACUGGCAAACACGCGAUCUCUCCGCGAAGUUCUGGCUUCGCCUCCGACGCUCUGCCAAACAGAAUGUCCGCGAUGGAUGCCAGAAAUGCGGGCGGCCAAGACAAGAUCGUCAGCGUCCUCCACGCGCAGCUCAAGCGCGUGCACGGCCGCCUCGCGCGGACCGAGGCGCUCCUGCGCGACGAGCGCGAGGCGCGACGCGACGCGGAGCGCCAGCUGCGCGAACGGGACAACGGCGCGGCGGCGCCGACGCGUGCGCUCGUCGAGGAGGCCGUCGCAAAGGCGUCGAAAGCCGCCGAGGAGCGCGACCGCGCCGUCGCCGACGCGACCGAAGGGCGCCAGGCGCUCCGCGAGAACGAAUUGCUGAAGCGAGGCAUGUCGAACCUGUCGAGCUCCUUCGAGCAGCAGGAGGAGCGGCUCAGGCUGGAGCUCGAGGAGAUGGGCCUCGAGCUGCGGCGGGCGCGCGCCUACGCGCGACGGUGUCGCGACGUGCUGCGGAAGACGCGGGCCAUGUGCGACGAGCUCGGCGAGCCCGAGGAGUUCCUGGGCGUGGACGAGGACGUGUCCGACGACGGCGGCGAGUCGCCGCCGGCGGUCGGGCACCCCGCGGACGACACGACGGUGUUCCUCUCGAGCGCCGAGGAGGGGCGCGUCGAGCUGUUCGACUUUGAUGGUGAGGGCGACGAGCUCGAGCCGUCGAGUCCGCCGCGCGGCGCGUCGGAGCCGGCGGGGUGAGCCUUCGGUAAAAUUUUACGCC